UAAGAAUGACAUUUGCGAGUUGACUGUUGGCUGAAAACGACUGUUUUGUCCGUAUUUUAUCGUAAUUUUACGGCCAUGUGUGGUAAUAUUUACGUGGUGAACAAAGGUUCUAGUGAUGUUAUCCACAACUGCAAACAAUAAAGUGAAAAAUCCCAAGGGUUCGGAGGUCUCCGACGCCCAGGAUCGUGACGAAAUUGGAAAUGAAAACACAACGGAUGAUAAGGUCAGAGGUUAUUUUAGUUCGUAUGAUCCAUCUUCAUCGUUCGGAGGGCCGUCCAGGGACAGCAGGUUUCGUGCCCGAGGAAGGGUCAGCGAGUUUCGGCCCUCCCGCGGAGGGGGCCGCGGCGGCGGGCGAGGUCGGGGCGCCUUCCCGCCGCGCGGCGAUCGGGAUCCCCUUGACAACUCCUACAAGUAUAACGAAUCGCUAGAGCACACCAACAGCGAGCCCUGGUCACAAGAAAACAGCAACAAGUUUUAUGAAAGGUCGGAGCUUGUUCUGAACUUACCUGAGGACCCGCGUAUAUCGAAGUUGCUCAGACGCCUGUGCGCUGAAGUGGACGUCGAGAAGUCGCUUGUGAUAUGUAGCAAGCUUCAGGAUGCGGUCAUGUUGCCAGAAAACGCGCGAUACAUUCGUAGGGCUUAUGAUAUCCUCGUCGAGUCCCUACUUGAUGUUCUGUAUGAUGCUCCCGGGCCCGAGACCAAGGAGGGAGCGGCGAACGUUCUUGGUAGGAUAGGCUACGUGAUGGGCCCCGACUUUAGAAAGCACCUGGACUGGUUUACAACCUCAUACUCUGUCCACAAUACAUCCAUCAAACAUCUUUUGACUCUCUCAUUUACAGAGACUUUUCAAUUAGAUUACCAAAACCCCAACUUGACAGAUUUUGCUGAAAUGACUUUAGAAAGAUUGCAGGGAAUAAUAGAGGGCACAGACUCUGCAGAUGUUUUUAUGGCUGCCAUAAAUGCCAUGAUAGUGAUGUCGAAUUCCUAUCCAGAACACUUUGCUGCCCACUUCGUUGACACUGUGGACAUUUUAGUCGGCUGGCAUGUCGAUAAUGCUCAGCCAAAGAAGAUCAAGGACUUUGCACUGCAAUCACUGUUGAAAUUGAGCCGGCACUGGCAAGCCGAUGUAGGGUUUUCAGUGAAUUUGCUCUACCAGUUCGUGGAAGAUAUGGUAGUGUACUCAGGUGACCUAGAUGAAAAAAGUGACAAAGAAUCUGAUCCUAAUUCAGUUGAGGACUCUAUACAAAAAAUAACAUCAUUUUUGAAUGUUUUCAAUACUGUGGUCAAGAGUUUGGGGUCUAUGCUCAGCCCUACAGUCUCUCAAACAGUGUCUUGGUCCUUCUUGACAGAGGCCUUGACCAAAAUUCUGCAAGUAAUGACAAAAACACUGAAAGAAUUUGCAGAUACUGACUUGAUUCUAUCUGGAAAUGAGAGCAUAACACUACUACUGAAACCUUUACAAGCUAAAUCAGCAUCGUGUGCUCAAGCAUUGUUUGCUUUGAUUUCUAUGGAAAUGGCAGAUCAUCUUCAAGGUGAUGAGAGUGUCUGCCUCAGCAUCAUCAGCUUAAUAUCCACAACAAUCAAGGAAAUUGCAUCAAAUCUACCUAUUGAGUUUAUUACACAAACUAUAGGACCUGAGUCUUUGCUAAGACCUUUGCGUUAUUCCAACAGCUCUCAAAUAUUGCGUGGUGUAUUGUCUGUGUACAGUCACCUCUUAAACUUGAAAAACAUUCCACUCUUACAAGAAACAUAUAAGUUUGUAUUGAUGGAUAUGCAAAAUGCUUACUGUGUAAUUAUUCCAGAUAUAGAAAUUAUACAACCAGAUUAUACUGAAGAAUUAACACUGGAUGAUGCAGAGAAGAAUUUAAUAUUCUAUUUACAAUGUUUAUCAGAACUUGCAAAUGCUAGCAAUUCUAUUAUAGGUAUGUGGGCUUUGCAACCGAGUAUACUUGAGCUUCUUGCUAUCAAGAUGUGUCCACAUGAUGUUGACUUGGUGAAAAAGAAGCCAGCUUUGCAGUAUUCGAUACUAUACCUACUAUAUUCACACUGCAAGAAGAACAACCAUUUUAUUGCCUCUAGUGAUCUUGUGACAAACACACAACAGAGGGCUGGUGAAAUUUUUGGUUUGAAUCUUGGGGAAGUAUCCAGUUCUAGUCCAACAUCUGGACAUCUGGCGGUCAUCUUGAACACUCUCAGCUUGAUACUGGACGAAGAAGUAGCAAAAGAAACCUUGUUGCUUGUUUUGAAUUGGAUAUCAGAUAUUUUUUGCCAGCUAGAUAAAUACUUACCAAUUGUGAGCAUGUCCAAAGGGUUCUUGGUUCUCAUAACCAACAUGUUAACAUGGGCAUAUAGUUUUGAUGACGAUAUUGUGUUGCUUGUAAUUAAAAACUGCCAGCUUUUACUCAAAAAUAAGACUCUAACAUGGAAUAUAAUGAUUUUAAAAUCAAUCACUACAUUAUGUCUUCUACAUAUUGACAAUCAAAAUAAAAUGUUGUCCAAUGUAUGUAAGGAGGUCCUGUUUGAACUCCCAUGGGAUAUUGUACAAUUGGAAAUGGACAAAUUGAUGGUGAAGGUGUUUGCCUGCCGAAAAGUAAACCUCACCAUACUUAAUAGUGACUCAAAAAUGAAUUCCUUCAAGGAGUACCUCAUGAGGGGUUCUUUUUCUACAUUAUCAAACCAACAUUUUAUGUCUAUAAUAAACUGUCUACUGCAAGUAACCUAUGAAGACAAAAGCUUUCUGCUUAAUGCCUUUUUAUUGUCAUGGCCCUUGCAAAGCCAGGAUGUUGAAGAAAAUAACCUACUGUUUUUUCGACAGUGUGCUACUAACUUUUCCUCUAUCUGCAUAGGAUGGGCUCUGUCAGAGUUAGCACAAACUUGUGUGUCCCAAAAACUCAGAACUGCAUUGGGAAAACCUCAAGAGACCUUCAUGAAGAUCGAAGGUGUGUUAAAAGGAAUAGCAAUAGAGAUUUCAUCACACGACACAAAGUAUACUGCUACAGAUCAACAUAAGUUGAUAGAUGUCGUGAUGGCCGAACAGAUAAGGACACGGUGGAUCACUGAGUUCAUGAUGUUCCUGGAGAAAUAUAUUUAUAAUGCGGCUGAAGGGACAGCAACGGUGCUUCCCGCAGUGGGAAAGCCUGUGAGAACAUUCUUUCACACAAACUGGUCGACAUGCCGCGAGUGGCUGAACAGAGUGCGACCCGCGGGGCUCGCCGUGAGCCUGUACGCCGGGAACAUCGGCGCCGCCAUCUAUCACGCCUCGCUCAUUCUGCAAACAGCUGCGAAUUCCAAGACAAAUAUUGACAUCGAAGCUAUAACCAUAAGUAUCGCCAGAGGACUUAUAAAAAUCGAGGAGCCUGAGGUUUUGCACGGCCUCUAUGUAUGGAUCAACCAAACGUUUAAUAAAAAACUGCCUUGGCUAAAGGCUGCUGCAGAACAAGCUAAUUCUAGGCAUGAAUUAGCUUUAGACUACUAUAAAAAGUUAAGCAAUGCUCAGUCACAAGACGAAAAUAAAGAAGAAGGCACCAGUCCUGCAGUUGACUCCAGAAGUGCUAAGUUCAUCGAGGAACAGAUAAAAGAAAGCUAUAAACAAAUUCAAAGCUGGGAAGAGAUGCAAGAAUGGAAAAAUGGUGAUAAUCAGAAUCAACAAAUGUCCCAGUGGAACAUUUACUCAGCACUAAAAUUAUUCGAGGAAGGUAGUGAAUUUCCUAAUGCGCUUUCUAAUUGGGAUAUUUUAGAUGUUGAUACAAAUGAGAUAACAAAGAAUUCCUGCUCUUACCAAGGGAUUUUGAACAAAAUUGAAUCAACUUUGUUAUGCACAGCAGUAAACAUUUAUUACAAUGAUUAUUCUGAAAAAUUUGAGAAUGUGUUGAAGGAUUGUGAAAAGCUACUCAACUCAAGCGUUGAAGAAUUUGCUAGAACGAAUGCCGUACAUUAUAUGAAAGAAAUAGCCGUGUUACAACUGGCAAAUCACGGAUUAGUUAACGUUUUAAGGAACGGAAAAGGGACAACAAACCCCUUUAAACCAUCAGCUGUGAAAGACCAUAAAUUUGGUGCAGAGUUUAAAAACUUGAGCCGCCUCCUGUGGUGGAAUCAGUACUUCACCAAGCUUAACGCAACUGAAGAAAACAUGUUCUAUUCCGAAUGUCUACGACUAGACGUAAUAAAAAGCGCAAGAAAAAAUCUAAAUAUGAGUAUGGCUAGAAGAGAACUCUUAAAACAUUUCAAACAAAACGCGGCAUUUCAAAUGUGCCUGGGCACUGUCAAUGAUUUGGAAGAAUUGAGUGAUGUCUUACUAAUGUCAACAAAUACGUAUGACUUGGAUAUCUGGACGUUAAACAAUGCUGCAGCUUUAGGAGAGCUUUGCAAACUCACCUAUGCAAAGGAAGAAACAAAAAUGCGUGCAAUUAAUUUGUGUGCUAGUGUGUCAUUAGGAUUCUCGCAAAGGCUAGCGAUGGGCGAGCAGAGUUACGAACUACGAGAAAAAGGCACUAGGAUGCUCCUGACCCUGUCUAAAUGGGUACAAAAUGACAACGAAAAUGUGCUAGAAGCGGAUACACCUUUGAUGAAAUUAAUAUCGGCGCUUCCUGAAAUUGGUUUAGUAGACAACAAUAUUUCGGAGAAUGUUAUCCCAUUGUCUGAUUCUGCCGUUGGCAAGUUAUUACAAUUUGGCGUCAAUCAGUGCCCCGGCCUUGCCAAAGCCUGGGCCAGUUUUGCCGUUUGGUGCUUCCGAUGGGGUCGAAAAAUGGUCGAGUUCAGUGCAAAAACUCGAGAGCAACUAACUGAAAAUGAUAAGUUGCAGAUCGAAAGUGUUAUGAUCGGUUGUUCACCUCAAGACUUUGAAGCAGUUUGUGAAAUACUGUCAAAAACUAAAGCCACUUGUGACGACGAAGAUAUUGACUGGAACGAAAUCAAUACGUCCGAGAUGAUCGAGAGCCAACUACGCACUGUUCCCUCGCUUAGUAAUGCUUUUCCAGAACACUUGGCCCUGUUGGUAGACAUCUGGCGCCAAGCACAGAAACGAGUUUUUUCUUAUUUUGAGCUGUCGGCUGAUGCUUACUUCAAGUUUUUGCAACUUAUUUGUGCUUCUGAUUAUAUUAACCAUAGUGGCGAAAACGCAGUCGUAAACGCAACUCUACGACUGCUACGACUGAUCGUAAAACACGCUAUGGAAUUGCAAACGGUGCUUGAAUCGGGGCUAGCGAACACGCCAACUCAACCUUGGAAAGUCAUCAUUCCCCAACUAUUUUCAAGACUGAAUCAUCCUGAGACAUACGUGCGAAAAUGUGUUUCUGAUUUAUUAUGCAGACUCGCUGAAGAUACACCACAUCUUAUCACAUUUCCAGCUGUCGUUGGUGCCGUUGAAAACGAACAAAGUGAACUGGCUGAGCUCAACGUUACAAAACAGUUUCUAACUGAUCCUGAUAGUAGCGAGGACAACGUCGACUUAGACGAUUCAGCGAGCGAUAAAGUAGUAAAUAACGAGCUGAAUUCUUGCUUUUUGGAUAUGGUAGAGACGUUAGCUAAACAAGCUCCCCAGACAAUUCUUCAAGUUAAAUUGCUUGUUAAAGAAUUACAGAGAAUAAAUUUACUCUGGGACGAACUAUGUCUUGGCACCUUAGUUCAACAUCAUUCUGACUUUAGUAAAAGAUUGUCACAGUUAGAGGUGGAAGUGGCCAAAGUUAAAAACAAUCCAAACUUGUCUGCUGAAGAGAAAGAAAGAUUGAUAAAAGAAAAGCAUAGAAUAAUAUUCGAACCUGUGGUGUACGUUUUAGAACACUUGUAUAACAUAAUUUCCGCGAAACCAGAAACGCCACACGAGACAUCUUUUCAAAAUAAGUUCCAAGAAAUUAUAAAAGAUGUUAUCGAAAAAUUGAAGAACCCUGCAAACCCUGAGAAACCUCAAGAGUCGUGGGCUCCUUUGAAACAGUUGCAAAUUAAGUUGCAACAGAAAGUUAAUAAAAGAACAUCAUACAUUUUGAAAAUGUCGGAUAUCAGUCCUGUGCUAGCUGAGAUGAAAAACACAGUUAUUACAAUGCCUGGUCUACAUACCAACCAGAGGACUGUAAGAAUUACUAUCAAAUCUGUGGAGAACAACGUUGCUAUACUGCCGACUAAAACAAGACCUAAAAAGCUGAUAUUUUAUGGUUCCGAUGGGAAAGCUUACACUUAUUUGUUCAAAGGUUUGGAAGAUUUGCAUUUGGACGAGAGAAUAAUGCAGUUGCUAUCUAUAACAAACACGAUGUUGGCGCGAGAUUCCGAGCACAACGACAACCAGACCUACAGAGCGCGUCACUACUCGGUGAUUCCGCUGGGGCCUCGCUCCGGUUUGAUCAGCUGGGUCGAUAACGUGACUCCUUUAUUUGCGCUCUACAAGCGUUGGCAGAAUCGUGAGGCUGCUAUUUUGUCGGCCAAGACUAACAAAACUGUAAACGUGCUGCGUCCUUCGGAGUUGUUUUACAAUAAGUUGAAUCCGUUGUUGAAAGAAGCGGGUAUAUCGACGGAGAAUAGGAAAGAGUGGCCGGUGUCGAUCCUGAAGCAGGUGUUGCAAGAGUUGUCGGCGGAGACCCCGCGGGAUUUGCUGUGGAGAGAGUUGUGGUGCAGCAGCGUGACGCCCGAGCAGUGGUGGCAGAUGACACGUCGGUACAGUUACUCCGUGGCCGUGAUGAGUGCGAUCGGGUACAUAAUCGGGCUGGGUGACCGUCACCUGGAUAACGUGCUGGUGGACUUGACCUCCGGUGAGGUGGUGCAUAUAGACUAUAACGUGUGCUUCGAGAAGGGCAAGACGCUGCGAGUGCCGGAGAAGGUGCCGUUCAGGAUGACCCCCAACUUGGUGACGGCGCUCGGAGUUACUGGAGUCGAGGGCAUAUUCCGGCUGGCGUGCGAGCACGUUCUGCGUACGAUGCGGCGCGGGCGCGAGACGCUGCUGACGCUGCUGGAGGCGUUCGUGUACGACCCGCUGGUGGAGUGGGGCGCGGGCGCGGCGGGCGGCGGCAAGCGCCGGCGCGGCCUGCGCGACGUGCGCGCCGCGCGGGCGCUGCUGGCCGUGCGCGCGGUCGAGCUGCAGCACGACCUGCACGAGCUCACUGGGGACCUGACGAGCUCACGUGAGUACUCCCCGCGGACGCUGCUGGAGGCGUCGUGUACGCCCCGCUGGUGGAGUGGGGCGCGGGCGCGGCGGGCGGCGGCAAGCGCCGGCGCGGCCUGCGCGACGUGCGCGCCGCGCGGGCGCUGCUGGCCGUGCGCGCGGUCGAGCUGCAGCACGACCUGCACGAGCUCACGUGAGUACUCCCCGCGGACGCUGCUGGAGGCGUCGUGUACGCCCCGCUGGUGGAGUGGGGACCUGACGAGCUCACGUGAGUACUCCCCGCGGACGCUGCUGGAGGCGUCGUGUACGCCCCGCUGGUGGAGUGGGGCGCGGGCGCGGCGGGCGGCGGCAAGCGCCGGCGCGGCCUGCGCGACGUGCGCGCCGCGCGGGCGCUGCUGGCCGUGCGCGCGGUCGAGCUGCAGCACGACCUGCACGAACUCACGUGAGUACUCCCCGCGGACGCUGCUGGAGGCGUCGUGUACGCCCCGCUGGUGGAGUGGGGCGCGGGCGCGGCGGGCGGCGGCAAGCGCCGGCGCGGCCUGCGCGACGUGCGCGCCGCGCGGGCGCUGCUGGCCGUGCGCGCGGUCGAGCUGCAGCACGACCUGCACGAGCUCACGUGAGUACUCCCCGCGGACGCUGCUGGAGGCGUCGUGUACGCCCCGCUGGGGGAGUGGGGCGCGGGCGCGGCGGGCGGCGGCAAGCGCCGGCGCGGCCUGCGCGACGUGCGCGCCGCGCGGGCGCUGCUGGCCGUGCGCGCGGUCGAGCUGCAGCACGACCUGCACGAGCUCACGUGAGUACUCCCCGCGGACGCUGCUGGAGGCGUCGUGUACGCCCCGCUGGUGGAGUGGGGACCUGACGAGCUCACGUGAGUACUCCCCGCGGACGCUGCUGGAGGCGUCGUGUACGCCCCGCUGGUGGAGUGGGGCGCGGGCGCGGCGGGCGGCGGCAAGCGCCGGCGCGGCCUGCGCGACGUGCGCGCCGCGCGGGCGCUGCUGGCCGUGCGCGCGGUCGAGCUGCAGCACGACCUGCACGAACUCACGUGAGUACUCCCCGCGGACGCUGCUGGAGGCGUCGUGUACGCCCCGCUGGUGGAGUGGGGCGCGGGCGCGGCGGGCGGCGGCAAGCGCCGGCGCGGCCUGCGCGACGUGCGCGCCGCGCGGGCGCUGCUGGCCGUGCGCGCGGUCGAGCUGCAGCACGACCUGCACGAGCUCACGUGAGUACUCCCCGCGGACGCUGCUGGAGGCGUCGUGUACGACCCGCUGGUGGAGUGGGGACCUGACGAGCUCACGUGAGUACUCCCCGCGGACGCUGCUGGAGGCGUCGUGUACGCCCCGCUGGUGGAGUGGGGACCUGACGAGCUCACUACUCCCCGCGGACGCUGCUGGAGGCGUCGUGUACGCCCCGCUGGUGGAGUGGGGCGCGGGCGCGGCGGGCGGCGGCAAGCGCCGGCGCGGCCUGCGCGACGUGCGCGCCGCGCGGGCGCUGCUGGCCGUGCGCGCGGUCGAGCUGCAGCACGACCUGCACGAGCUCACGGAACAGUUCACCGCGCUGCUGCCUGAGAUCAAGCAAGCCGCGGACAACUGGCUGAAAGAGGACGAAGAGCUGACGUCUAUCGAAACGAAACUUCAGGAGUGCCACCAGCAAAUGGCGCUCAUCAAAGAAAUAGAAGCGUAUGGACCCAAUUUGAACAACCAUCCCCUGUACGCUAUCUCCCAAAAGUAUAGCUCGUACAAACAAGCCAAGAACGCUGUAGAAGAUUCGAUGAAAGCGCUCGUUAAGAUACUGAAAGAUUUUGACGCGCAGAUAGAAGCGUUCGCGGAGACGAACGAAGCUUUGAAUGGUCCGCAGCUAAUGUCGUGGGUCCAGGAGUUUUCAGGAACAAAUGAGGACGAUGAACUGCCGAUAUUCGAACAUAUCAAAGAUUUCCUCACAAACGCCGGACAAAGUUCGAUGAUAUCCCAGUGUGAGCAAGCCGAGACCGAGCUGAAUCAGAGCGUGCAACAAACGGGUCACCUGGUUAGGUCGUGCUUGGAGCUUCUAUCGCAGUACGUAGCGGUCUCCCAGUACUACCCACAGAGCCACACUGAGUACCACCGAAUAAUGAUGUUCCGUAAAUUCUUGGCCGCGGCACUGGACAGCAGAUCACCUGAAGUUUGUCGCGACGUUUCCAACCAGGUUAAUACUCUGAUGUUUACCGAGAACAACAACAACGACGCCACCCAAAUCGUUGCGUACAACUACCGCUUGCAAACGAUCAGCGCGGAAGCUAACGUGGCUCUGAACAAAGCCAUGGAGAGAUUGCAAUUAGAAGGUGGACCUGACGCGUUGACUUUAGCUCAAGAAGCGUAUAAUGAAGCAAAGUCUAAUAUAAGCAAUUGGGUGAGGACUGAGGAAGGCGCGGCAUCGGCACUAGAAUGUGUUGUUAUUGGAAUGCUGUGUAACUUGAACAGGAGAUAUCUUAUGUUGGAGAAUGGAGCUCAGAGCGCUGGCGACUGUCUCGUCGACCUGACGUCGAGGGAAGGGGAAUGGUUCCUGGACGAUAUGAGCGCUCUGUCAAUGCAAGCCGUGGAGUUACUUUCCCUGCUGCCGCUGCAGUCUGCCUCAGCUGAGGAAGCCGCUAUGCCGGUCGCGGUGGAAUGCGUCCGGAACGCGAACCUUCUUCUGGCAGAUUUGGUUCAACUGAAUUACAACUUCAGCACGAUCAUUCUCCCCGAGGCGCUGAAGAAGGUGCACUCCGAGGACCCGUCGGUGCUGCUGAUGAUCACGGAGCUGAACUCGGUCAUCGUGAACAGCCCGGUGCCGCUUAACGAUCUGCUGGCACAGCUGGAACUGCAUUUGAGAUAUCUGAUCAUGGAUAUGGAGUCCCCAGCCAGCGGCGCGCAGCUGCUAGCAGCAGAACUGCGCGCGCGGUACGAGGCGCUGCUCUCAGCGGACGGCGAGGGGGAGCAGGGCGCGGGCCGCAUGCUGCUCAUGGGCUUCAACGGGCUCUUCGCGGCCGUGGAGCUGCGCGCGCGAGAGCUGGCCGACCACCUGGCCGUGCCCAUCCCGCCAGCCUGGCGCAAGAUCGACCACAUCAGCGACGCCAUGCAUAUGUCGGCAGCCCUCCAGAGCCCGGUGCUGCGCUCAGUCCUGGAGGACGUGUUCCUGGUGCGGCGCGUGCAGACCGUGGCCGAGGUGUUCGCCAUGUGCGUGGGCUCCGCGCGCGCCUUCAGCGGCGCCGGCGCGCCCGCCAGACCGUGGCCGAGUGUUCCCAUGUGCGUGGGCUCCGCGCUUGCCGACGACGCCGCGCUCUGCAAGCCGGUCAGGAGGUUCACGGCGGAGUACGUGUCGCGCUGCGUGCUGGGCGUGCACUCGCGCGCGCUGGCCUGCGCGCUGUGCCUGCUGCUGCGCCGCGCCGCGCUCGACCUGCACGCCGAGGUCGAGCAGAAGGAGAUCGGAGCAUCGUGGAGCGUGUCCCUAGAAUCCCUAUGCGAGAAAGCGCGCGCGUCCUGGCGUGCCGGAGCCGGCGUGCUCGAGCGCGCGGGAAGCCUGGCCGCGGCUGCACGCGCCGCGCGUGCCCGCUGCGUGCGCGCCACCGCCGCGCACCGCACGCACGCGCGCGCCGCCGCGCUCGCGCACCACGCGCGGCUUAGGGCGCUGGCGCACGCGCAACUGCACGCUGAGGUGGUGGGCGGCGCGCAGGACCCGGGCCCGCUGCUGGCGCGGCGCGCGCGUGAACUCGGCGCAGCUGGAGAUAGGCUGGCGGCAGCCGCGGCGCGCGCGCAGGCACUCGUCACCGCCGCGCACCAGAGAGUGAAAUGGGGCGCCGGCGCAAACCCGGCUCUAUCCUGCGUGGUGGUGUCCCUGGAACGCGCGUGGGCCGCACGUCGCGCGCGCGCGCACGCACUGGCCGCGGGAGCGCGCCAGCUGAGCACGCACGCACGCCGCGCGUCGAUGGCGCGCGCCGCCGCCGCGCGACACAAGCACGCCAAGGCGCUGCGCACGUCACUCGCGCACUGGGAGAAGGCAUGUACCCUGGCGCAGAAGUACUCGCUGCAGGUGACGCCGCUGGAGGAGUCGCUGAUGGAGAUGCUGCAUCCUGAAGGGAACAUCGACACGCAGUGGGUGGACAGCGUGAACGCGUUAAUCCGCGAGCUGACGACGCAGCGCACGCAGGAGGCGGCGGCGGCGCGCGCGCGCGUGACCGGCGCCGCCGCCCGCCUGCACGCCGCCGCCGCCGCCGCCGCCGCCGCCCACGCCGCCCGCCGCGCGCUGCUCGCCGACACCGCCGCGCCGCUUGCAGUACUGGCGCACCAUAAGUGUCUAAAGCCCGCCUGCACGCCGCCGCCGCCGCCGCCGCCGCCGCCGCCGCCCACGCCCACGCCGCCCGCCGGGCGCUGCUCGCCGACACCGCCGCGCCGCUUGCCGUGCUCGCACACCAUAAGUCCGCCUGCACGCCGCCGCCGCCGCCGCCGCGCGCUGCUCGCCGACACCGCCGCGCCGCUCGCCGUGCUGGCGCACCAUAAGUUUGUAGUGGCGUCGCCACAUUACAGCAGUAACAACUACCGAAAUAUCGCAGUGUCUAAAGUCCGCCUGCACGCCGACACCGCCGCGCCGCUCGCCGUGCUGGCGCAUCACAAGGUAGGAAACCUUAUUAUUUACAGCAGUAACAACUACCGAAAUACCGCAGUGUCUAAAGUCCGCCUGCACGCCGCCGCCGCCGCGCCGCUCGCCGUGCUGGUGCACCAUAAGGUAGGAAACCUUAUUAUUUACAGCAGUAACAACUACCGAAAUAUCGCAGUGUCUAAAGUCCGCCUGCUCGCCGACACCGCCGCGCCGCUUGCCGUGCUGGCACACCAUAAGGUAGGAAACCUUAUUAUUUACAGCAGUAACAACUACCGAAAUAUCGCAGUCUCUAAAGUCCGCCUGCUCGCCGACACCGCCGCGCCGCUCGCCGUGCUCGCACACCAUAAGUGUGUGUUGCCAGUGAUGGUAUACGGAUCUGAGACGUGGUCGCUUACUAUGGGCCUCGUAAGAAGGCUCAAGGUCACCCAAAGGGCCACGGAGCGUGCUAUGCUCGGAGUUUCCGUAUCCGGAGUGAACCCGGCAACAACGUAUCUGGCCGCGGAGCGCGCAGCCGAGGCCCUGGUGGGCGCGCUACAGGCGGCGGGCGAAGCCUCUGAGGGGGCGGAGCCCGAGCCGGCGGGUGGGGAGCGAGCCCGCGCCGCCGCCGCCGCGCACGCCGCCGGGCAACUUGCCGCCGACAUGCCCGCUUUGACCGACAUGCUGCUGGACCUGCACCACGCGUGGGACAGCAGCGCGCGGCGCCUGACGCGGCAGCCGGCGCUUGCGCACCACGCACACGGAGCAUCAACAUCGGCGUGGCCCUCAGCCAGUACCAGUGGGCCCGGAGGGCCCGGGGGCCCGGCGGGGGGCCGCAGCGCGACGGGCGCGGGCGUGUGGCGCCGCGUGCGCCUGAAGCUGGAGGGCCGCGAGCGCGAUGCGGCGCGCCGCGCCAUGCCGCAGGAACAGGUGGAGUACAUAAUAUCGGAAGCGACCAGCGCAGAGAACCUGUGCCUGAUGUACGAGGGCUGGAUGGCGUGGGUAUGAAGCGCCCGCGGGACCCUCCUGAGGGACCGGACCCACACGACGCCCCGCCCACGGCGCGCGGCGAGCAGCGCCCGGCGCUCGACGACUCGGCCUGCUGACGGUUUAGAUUGCUUCUCGAUCGAUGUAUCUCUUUGUUUAAAUUCGAAAACGCACGUCCGUUUUCGCAGUGGAGGCCCGACGCGAGCACCCGCGGGCCGCAGACACGAUCGGGACUGCCGCGUACGAAACGCGCCCGCGGCAGGCCGGCCAGCUUUACGAUCCCAGUCGUCAAGGACGACGACACCCGGACGCGUCGACUCGUUAGAUUCGUCGAUGUCGACGAAAGUCGACGGUAGUGGCGGUCAUCGAUUAAAUAUAUUUCGUGCAUGUUCUGAACCGACUCCGCUUCGCAUCGAGGCGCCCGACCGAGUCCGAGAUCAGUGUUUCGCUGUAAGUUUCGAUUCCCAUAACGUCAAUAGCAGUAAGUGCCCCCGACCGGCACCCUAGAUUAGUCAGUUCGGUGCUGACGGAGCACCGAACCCGUCGCUCUCUCGAACAGCGUUCGCGCCGCGAACGUUCGUCCCGCCCACCUCGGACGAUAGUGUAAUCGCAUAACGUAUUUUAUAGUAGUCGUAUUGUAUUUUAGUUCGAACUCGUUCGCUGUGAAUUUUUUGUCACCAUCUAUUGACACUGACGAUCGCUCGAAAUGAUGAUUCCUAGUUCUGAUUUUAGAAGAUCUUUUACCAGGGGUUUGUACGAGGAUAACAUGCAAAGAAUUUGCAGAAAAUAAGUUCUUUUCCAUUAUUAUGUAUCACAUAUUUACCCGCAUAACCCUAUCGUGUGAAUGUAGUGUGUGUGAGCCGAAUUGUCUAUCCCAUCGCUUCGUAAGAUUGUGACGGUGAACGUGUCCUUUGUCCACUUGACUUCAAGCGAUCGCAUCUAGCUUGCUAACCUAGAACAGGAAUACGUUCACCGAGAAUGUUUGUAUGUAUCGCUUCAUUUUAAUAGUAAUAAAUGGUGUAUGUCAAA